GGCGGUGUUAAACAACAAUAUUUGUUGAUCCAAAAUAAACAAUAAUUUUUCAUGUGCAUCUCCCAGAAGUCCGUUACAUUAAUGGAUCGUACGAAAAAGUAGUGAUGAUCAUCUACGAAUUUAGUUUUAAUUCAGCUUUAUCGAUAACCAGAUAGUGUCAAAAGAAGAACUGCCCGUAAUGGCAGACAGCCAAAGCCAAACGGUCGAAUAUCAAUGGGCGUAUUCCAUCAUGGACUCGAGUCGAGUCUCGACGUUCUUGAUAUCGAUGUUGCUUAUCGUAUACGGCUCUUUUCGCAGCCUAAACAUGGAGCAAGAGGCCAGAGAACGCGCUAACGGUACAACGAAUUCCUUGUUGAAUCCCCCGCAAUCUGUUUCCACUGAAAACAGCGUGCAGACAUUGGAUACGAUGCAGGCAUUGUGUUUGCCUUUGGGCGCCAGCGUGUCCCUUUUAGUUAUGUUUUUCUUUUUCGAUUCCAUGCAGAUGCUGUUUGCGAUUUGUACUGCUGUGAUUGCAACAGUUGCUCUUGCCUUCCUUCUUCUGCCAAUGUGUCAAUACAUAAUAGGACCAUGUUCAGAUGGAAAAAAGAUCUCGUUUGGAAUGUGCGGAAGGUUUACUGCCGCUGAACUGUUUUCUUUUUCUCUAUCUAUGUUCAUCGUUUGUAUUUGGGUUUUGACAGGUCAUUGGCUUUUGAUGGACGCAAUGGGUAUGGGAUUAUGCGUAGCUUUCAUUGCCUUUGUGAGAUUGCCCAGUUUAAAAGUAUCCACCCUACUUUUGACUGGUUUAUUAAUAUACGAUGUGUUUUGGGUGUUUUUCUCUUCGUAUAUUUUCAGCACCAAUGUCAUGGUCAAGGUAGCUACAAGACCGGCCGAAAACCCGGUGAGCAUAGUUGCUAGAAAAUUGCACAUAGGGGGCGUUGCCAAAGAAGCGCCGAAACUCAGUCUGCCUGGUAAACUUUUGUUUCCAUGCAUUCAUAAUUCGGGACACUUUAGUAUGUUAGGUUUAGGAGACAUUGUGAUGCCGGGUCUGUUGCUGUGUUUCGUAUUGCGUUACGACGCCUAUAGGAAAUCCCAAGGUCUAUCCGGAUCCAGACUGACUUACUUUCAUUGUUCUCUUUUAGGUUAUUUUCUAGGCUUACUGACAGCUACUGUCACAUCCGAACUGUUCAAAGCCGCCCAACCAGCUCUCUUAUAUUUAGUUCCCUUCACUCUGUUACCUUUGCUCACAAUGGCGUACCUCAAGGGUGAUUUGAGAAAGAUGUGGUCUGAACCGUUUAAAUCACUAGCUGUUUCUAAGCAUUUACAAGAAGUGUGAUAGAGAUUUUCGACUGUUAUAUUAACUACUGUUACUUCAAUUUUAUUAUUAAAUUAAGAUAUUAAAAUGUGUUAUAUUACGAACAAAUGUUUAGUGAACUAAAAGAAAAAUAUCAAGAUUGUAAAAUUUUAUUUAUUUGUAUUAAUAUAAUAGCAUCUGUGGUCAAUUGAAAAAAGAAAUAGAUAAUUAUUUAUUCACUAGGUUUGAAAUAUUAAUACGUAUGUUAU